CAGAUCUUCUUGGUUAGUGUUCAUUUCCAGUUAUGAAUUUGAAUAGAUUUGUAGAAAUAUUAAUUAGAUUAAAUUGAAAAUUAUACAGUUCACAAUGUCAGAGGAAAUUCAGGAAUUUAAAUUGGAACCCGACCAAGAGCUCCGUUUCGAAGUUGAAUCCAAAACGGCCAAAGUAUAUCUUAGUCUUCGUUCAGGCCAAGCAGAAGUGUUUGGUACAGAAAUUGUGAAAGGAAAAUUGUAUGAAUUCAUAGCUGGCGCCAAAAUUGCCGUUUUCACUUGGUUCGGUUGUACUUUAGAAAUACGCGGCCAAACUGAUGUAAUUUAUGUUGCGAAGGAAACACCUAUGGUAGUAUAUUCAAAUUGUCAUGCAGCCUUAGAAAAUAUGAGAAUGGAAGCAGAAAAAGAAAAUAUUAAAGGACCAACUGCAAUGAUUGUAGGUCCUUGUGAUGUAGGAAAAUCUACUCUUGCCAGAAUAUUAUUGAAUUAUUCUGUUAGAGAAGGAAGGAGACCUAUACUUGUAGACUUAGAUGUUGGGCAGGGCUCAAUAAGCGUUCCAGGUACAAUUGGAGCUCUAUUAAUAGAAAGGCCAGCAUCAAUAGAUGAAGGAUUUGCCCAAGAAGCCCCUUUAGUAUUUAAUUAUGGACAUAAAAGUCUUGAUAAAAAUCCAGCUCUGAUGAAUGUUCUCGUUACUCAGUUAGCUGCAUCUGUUAAAGAAAAGUUAGAAGUUAAUAAGAGAGCUAGAGCUUCAGGUGUUGUAAUAAACACUUGUGGUUGGGUGAAAAACGAAGGCUAUAAAAUGAUUCUUAAUAAUUCCAAAGUAUUUGAAGUAGAUGUAGUCUUAGUUUUGGAUCAAGAAAGGUUGUACAAUGAGCUAGUACGAGACAUGCCAGAUUUUGUCAAAGUUAUAUUUCUCCAAAAGAGUGGUGGAGUAGUUGAAAGAUCGAAAAAUGUGAGAGCAGAUUCAAGAAACCAAAGAAUUCGUGAAUAUUUUUAUGGAACACCUAAAAACUCCCUGUACCCUCAUUCCUUUGAAAUCAAAUGGUCUGAUUUGAAAGUUUAUAGGAUUGGAGCUCCACCUUUACCAGACUCAUGUUUACCUUUAGGGAUGAAACCAAAGGACCAUAUGACAAAAUUAGUACUGCUAACACCUAAUGCAGGACUAUUGCAUCAUUUAUUAGCUGUUAGCUUUUCUGAAGACGAAGAGGAAAUUAUAAAAACACAAGUAGCGGGAUUUGUUUGUGUGACAAAUAUUGACACAGAGAGACAAACAGUAACAUUACUGUCACCGCAGCCUAAGCCACUACCAAAUAACGUUUUGGUAUUAUCCGAUUUACAAUUUAUGGAUAGCCAAUAACAUAAAUUAAUUUUAUCCCAUAUAUGAGGUUUAUGUGGGAUAAAGUUGAAAUUGUGAAUAGCAUUCAUUCAGUUCGCACAAUAAUUUUAAAAACUACAGAAUACUUAAGGAAAUUCAUUGUAAUAUUUGCUCAACUUAUGGAAUCUCCAGCAUUGAAGGUAUAAUUGAUUACCAAUUCCAAAUGGACUUCAAUAGAAGAGAUAAAAGGGAGACUAGUUUAAACCCGAUACAACUACUAAACAGAAUAUUAUGCAAUUUCAUUAUUGCAAAGCAAACUAAAAGGAUCAUAUUCUACACAUUAUCAGAAAUAUUGUGACAGAGUUGAAGACAAAGAGAACAGAUGGAGAAUAUUCACUUACCUUGCGAUGGUGCAUAAAGAGUAGUAGAUGUAGGCACCCUGUAUAUAUGUAUAUUUAUCUAUAAUGUGGAAAAUGAUUAGGCAGGUCAAUUUUUGUAAUUUUUUUUAGCAAUAAAUGAAAUUACUUUUG